AUGCGUGUCACCUGCUUUUUCGUGUCUGUUGCUAUCAUGCUUGCAGCUGAGCAAACCAGUGCCGUGCCGAUCGGAGGUCUUCCUAAGCUUCCUGUCCUCGGUAACGAAGGCCGCCUUGUCAGCAGUGUCGCCAACACUUUGGAGCCGGUCCCCCUUAUUGGAGACCUUACCCACAAUGUUCUCCAAGACCAGAGCUCCGGCGACCUGCUUUCCAGCACCAAGUUGGCUGGUGAGAAGGGCUUAAAUCACGACGACGGUGUCUUGGGUGACCUCACCCGCUCCCUUCAGCGCCGAGUCCUCUCGGACACUAAACUGAUUGGCGAGGGUGGAUUAAUCGAUCUUGAGGGCACCUUAGACGAGGUCACUCGCUCCCUUGAGCGCCGGGUCCUCUCGGACACUAAGUUGAUUGGCGAGGGUGGACUAAUUGACCUUGAGGGCACUUUAGACGAGGUCACCCGCUCCCUUGAGCGCCGUGAACUAGGAGGCCUCGACCUCUUGGGUACCGUGGGCUCGCUUACCAACGGUGUCCAAACCCUCCCGGUGCUCGGCAGCGUCGGCUCUAUCCUUCCUGUCACCCAAGGCCUCACCUCCAAGCUUGGCUCAUUGAACGGCGCCCACCAAGCCUCACCCUUGUCCACCUCCGGCUUAUUGAUUCCCCACUUGCUCAAACGUGACGUUGGCCUCGGAUCUCUUCCAUUGAUCGGCUCUCUCCCUGGAGCCAGCAGCCUUUCUGCAAUUCCCGGCUUGAGCAGCUUGCCCUCGAUGCCGUCGCUCCCCGGUAUGGGAAGCUUGCCAUCGAUCCCCGGAAUGUCAAGCUUGCCAUCGAUCCCCGGCAUGAGCAGCUUGCCCUCAAUCCCUGGCAUGUCCAGCCUGCCCUCAAUCCCCGGCAUGUCCAGCUUGCCCUCAAUCCCCGGCAUGUCCAGCUUGCCCUCAAUCCCCGGCAUGUCCAGCUUGCCCUCAAUCCCCGGCAUGGAUAGCCUGCCCUCAAUCCCCGGCAUGAGCAGCUUGACCUCCCUUCCCAAGAUGGCGUCCUCGAGCAUUCCCGGCAUGUCCAGCUUGCCCUCCAUCCCCGGUGUCGGCGGUCUAACCUCUGGCGGUCUCCCAGGCAUGAGCAGCCUCAGUAACCUUCUUUAA